AUGCCUCGGUAUUAUCACAUUCCAAACAAGGUCAAUCUACCACUUGUAACACAUUCGAACAAUCUCGAUUCGAUUUCUCUAUGUAAAUCCAAACCACCGAUAAUUAUUGAACAUGAGAAGAAAUCAGCAUGGCCAAGCAAAUCUCGUCAUCCAAAUAUCAGUGAUUCGCAAGAAAAUACACCUCCGAGGCGUAUUUCGGCAUAUCGUAAACUCAAUAAACCAUGGCAAACAGUGGUUAGAACGGUUGUACCUAAAGCAGAUUCUCGACUGAUGUUUAACUUUAUCGACGCUAAUACCGAUUCACGUGUUAGUUAUCUUGAAUUUCGUUCUUGGAUGCUUAUUAUCGAUCAAACAUUAGCUGAACAUGAAUUACUCCAAUUAUUCAACGAAAUUGAUCGUAACAAUGAUGGUUUUAUUCAAUACAAAGAAUUUCGUGAUUAUUUUGGUGAUGACCUUCUUACUGGUGAAGCGAAUGUUGUUGAAUUGACUACACUAUUCAAUGAAAUUGAUACAAAUCACACAGGCACAAUAACUCUCGAUCAACUUUUAGCAUUUUUUAAUCGUCAGACAACAAUGAUAAGUAAAGAAGAAGCCCAUCUUUUUCUUGGCAUGGUCUCCGAAAGUGGAAACGAAAACAGUAUAUGUCUUAAAGAAUUUCUCAAAGCUAUGCAUCAAUGGAAAAUUUGA